CCCAACCGACCGUCGUCGUCCUCGUCUCAUCUUGGACGCCCGCCCCGAGCCCCUGAUUUCGGAGCCUAUUUUCCUCUUUGGGAGCCCUAGAUUCUCUCCAGAUUUCCCUCGCUUUCCUUCCCGUCGCGUCCCUCCGUCCGCGGUUCUCGCUCCGAUCACCGCCGCCGAAAAUGGCCAAUGCAGCAUCAGGCAUGGCUGUGAAUGAUGAUUGUAAGCUGAAGUUUUUGGAAUUAAAGGCAAAGAGAACUUACCGUUUCAUAAUUUUCAAGAUUGAGGAGAAGCUGAAGCAGAUCAUUGUGGAGAAGGUUGGUGAGCCCACUUUGAGCUAUGAGGAUUUCACCGCCAGCCUUCCGGCAGAUGAAUGCAGAUAUGCAAUUUAUGACUUUGAUUUUGUGACUGAAGAGAACUGCCAAAAAAGCAAGAUCUUUUUCAUCGCCUGGUCUCCUGACACCUCAAGAGUGAGAAGUAAGAUGCUUUAUGCCAGCUCCAAGGAUAGAUUCAAGAGGGAGCUUGAUGGCAUCCAGGUGGAAUUGCAAGCAACUGAUCCUACUGAGAUGGGCCUUGAUGUUAUAAGAGGCCGUGCAAAUUAAGUAUGUGCUACAUGGUUGUGCGGUGGGGAUAUACUCCCUGCAGUCCGGUUGCUUUAUUGUAUAUGUUUAUAGUUCCAUGGGGUGGUGAAUUCACUAGAUAUCAUAUGCGCUUGUUUAUAGUUCCGUGCAAAUUUGCUUUCAUGGGUAUAUCAUAUGAUUUGUUGUUUGUUGAACCAGUGACAAGUGUCUUCUUGUAGGUUGACAUCUACAGGCUAAUGAUAUGCGAUAGUUUGUGGGGUUAGACUGGUAGAACUCUGUAAUGGAUACUUGACCGAUCUAGUGUUUUUUCAUUUGGACUA